CCAGUUCUGAUCAAUAAAAUCAAAUCAUUCUCUGCAAAUAAUUUGCAACUCCGAACUUCAAAUGCGGACUUGAUUUCCUCCGGAGUUGAUUUUCGGAUUUCAAAUUGGUGUAGAACUAUAGCUUUGUCUUGAAAACUCUCAAAAAAAAAAAAUCUCAUACCAUGGCUGCCGAAUUGUGUGGAGAUAAAAUGGUUUGGUUAAUGUCUGUGAUUGAUUCUUUUUCGUCCAAUCAAAUGAAUGGUAUGACUUCUACAUUUUGUGAGUGGUUAAUUGAUAGUGGAGCUUCACAUCACAUGACAGGAUCUCUUUCACACUUUUUUAAUGUUGAGGAUGUCUCUCCUCAUUCCAUAUGUCUCCCUGAUGGGUCCCGUGUUCAGGCUGUCAAACAGGGAAGUGUGCAUCUGUCUUCUCGUUUGGUACUACGUAACGUGUUAUACGUACCAAACUUACAUUGUCACUUGAUUUCUGUUGGAUGUUUAAUUCGUGAUAAUACUUGUUAUGUAACUUUUAAUGAUCAUCGUUGUGUAAUACAGGAUCGUUCAUCGAAGAUGGUGAUUGGACAGUGUGAUUUGCGAAACGGCGUGUAUGUCUUUGCUUCAGUUCCCGCGUCAGCCCUCGUAGCCAACAUCGAUCCCUUGGUUCUUCAUCAACGGGAUAAUUCGUUUGAUGAAACCGUCUUUCCGUUCGCCGUCCCCACUCCCUCGUCCGGCCCUCCACCUAUUCUCACACCCUCCCCGGUUGAUUUCACCGUUGCUCCCGUCCCCAUCACCCCUGCCGUACCAUCGACCCAGCAGCCUUCCCCGUCUCCCGUCAUCCCUGCCGUUCCGGCAACCCAGCAGCCCACCCAGCAAUCCCCGUCACCGUCUCAGUCCCCGUCGGAAUCUUCCACCCCCUCCGCCUCUUCUGAUGACGACGACAACCCCGAGUCCUCCUCGGUGGAGACCACUUCUCCAUCGCCGAUACUUCCAUCCCUUCCGCCUCGCACACGUCGUCGUCCGUCCCACCUAAACGACUAUGUUCUCAAUUCUGCAAAGACUGUCACUUCGGCUCCGGUCUCCUCCUGUUCCUCACAAUCUGGUACUCGGUUCCCUAUUACUAACUUUGUUCAUUAUUCUAAGUUGCAAGACAGUACAAAAUCAAGAAUCAAGCUUGUAACCAGUUCUGCUCAAUAAAAUCAAAUCAUUCUCUGCAAAUAAUUUGAAACCAGUAAUGUUUGAGAGUUCCAUCCAUAUUGACAAUCAUGCGGGAGAAGACGAUUUUU